AGCUGGCUGGCUGGCUGGCUCUAGGGAGGAUGAUUAGGUAACAUCCGCAGGAUUGAACCGGGGAAAGUUGUUUCCUGAACUCUUGGUGCAGUUUGUUGAAGCCCGGCCCUGCUGCACUUCACACAGGAAAAGGAAGACGGAUGCAAACGAAGGGAAAAAUAUCGAAACUAAACGAAAAUAUCGAGACAAAUGACUUGAGACCAUGGAAGUGUCGGACACACCAGCAUCGCGCAGUGAGGAGAAUGAUGAACUACAGACGCAGCUAAUCGAGUGCCGAGCUCAGCUGGAACACUGGCAGGGUGUGGCGAGGAUCUGUGAGCUGAGCAAACAGGAGGAGAUGCAGGAUCUGCAAAAACAAUGCGACCAGGAGAUUCAGUCCUUGCAGGAGGCUCUGAGAGAAACAGCUGCUCAGUAUGAGGCCAGAUUAUCUGCUUUGCAGUCAGAGCGAGCACAGUGGAGGAGAGCCGUUCUGCCCCAUGACACUAAGGGCAAUAAGGGCACCUUAAAAAAGGGCAAGCUGGAGGGUACCUCUCCCAACAGUGAGGGGCCACAGGGUGACUCCUCUCCCCCGCGAGGUUCUGACCAUGAGGGCUCAGGGUCCGACUCUGAUCCACUGGAGCUGUUGGGAGAGACGUCAGAUACAGAGACAACAGGCCUUAUGAUGGACUAUUUCCCCCAGCACUGUGACUCUGCCUCCAUGUCUUCUUUCUCUCUGGACACUCCCUCCAUGCCCCGACAUCCGCCUCCUCAAGAAGACACCGCCUCACUAGUGUCCACAGGAACGCUGGUGCCUGAAGCAAUCUACCUGCCACCACCAGGACACAAGCUGAUCUCGCAUGCUGACUGGGACAAAUUGCAAGAACAUCUUGUAGAGCUUCAAGAGGAGGUGACAGAGCUCCGAAAGCAGAAAGCUGAUCUGGAGAGAGAACUGGAUGUGCAAAGCACAGAGACACAAAAACAGUUGACAUUACUUCAGUCUCAGGUGCAGACUUCUGAGGCCCUCCUUCAAGACCUACAGAAAUCUUUUAGCCAGUCACAAAAUGCUGUUCAGAGCAGAUUGGCAGAGCUGUCUUACUCUCAGAAGAGAGUCUGUAAUGAACUCUCCAAGUUGAAAGGUGAAGACACUGAUGUGGAUGAAAAUAGCCUUCCGCCUCACAGUCCAACUCUAGAGGCAGCUCACUGUGAGGAGAGGCUUCGUAUUGAAAUUGUCAACCUACAGGAACAGCUGGAGACACGCACAGAGGAGAGCGAGAUUUUAGAAGUCAAGCUUGCCAGCCUGACAGUAGAGACGGACCGCAUACAGAUCCAAAGGGAAAAGCUGAAGGCUGAGCUGCAGGAGUGUCGCGUGGAGGUGCAGGGUCUGCGGGUGGCGCUUGCUCACCUUCAGAAAGAGAACAAAUCUCACAUCCAGGAGAAGGCGGUGUUACAGCAGCAGUGUUUAGAGUAUCGCAGUCAGGUGAUCAGUCUGCGCACUCAACUAGACACUAGUCAGGCUGUGCAGAAGGAUUUUGUGCAUCUCUCACAGUCACUGCAGGUGAAGUUGGAGCAGAUUCGCCAAGCAGAAUCAUUGAACCAAGUCAAGCAGAUCCUAGGGGAGGAGAUUGAAGAAGUCACUGAUUUACCUGCAGAUGCCACAUAAAACAAUAAAUAUAAGAACAGGUGACUAUUUUUCGGAAGACCGAAAGGAAGAGCCUCUGUGGGCAAAGAGGUGGUCCUCAGAAAGGGCCAAGUUGAGGUGGGCUGCCUACAUUAAAAGAAAUGCAUUGACAUUGAUCGAAGACCAUUCCUGCACACAUGGAUUCACAAUGCUUCUAAUGAUCUCAAAACAUACCGGCUAAACAUGAUUCCUUAUCAAUCUGAACAAAUUGGAAUUGCUAAUACUUGAAUUUUGUGAAAUUCUAACUACUGUCUGUACUAGACUUAAUGCUACUGCAGUGUAAGUUGUAUCUUGCUGGCCUAAUCCUUCUUUCCUAAUAGAUACUGACAGAUAUAAAUAUAAGUCAUUAUCAGCACUUGUCACCAGCAAAAAUCAAAACCAAAAACAUACUGGGGAUGGAGACUGGGGGCAAUUGUACUUUUUUUCUUUUUGUUUUAUUAUAAUAAACUACUAUAGAUCAACCUGACAUAUUUUGCUAUAAGAAAAUAAAAUCUAUGUGCCAAAGUAACAGUACCAUAAAUAAACAUAUAUUGAUAAAGACUCAUAAUAUAAAA